AUGGUCCGAAUCAGCGCAUUCGCCGUGGAGCGUUGGAUGGACCUCUACGAAAACGAUGCGAAGCAUAAUCUUGCCGAAACAUGCUGUGCCUCGAUCUCCCUAAAUGAUCUCUUGUCAUUUUCCCAAAAAAAGGAUCUAGUAGACUACAGCCAGAAACAAGUCUACGGCGCGAUCCGGGGAUCGAAGGCGCUGAGAGCCAACAUCGCAAAUCUGUAUCCCCAAUCUGUCUCUGCAGAAGGUGUCCUCGUGACAAACGGCGCGAUACAGGCGAAUUUUCUGGCACUUUAUACGAAUAUUGGCCCCAAGGAUCAUGUUAUUUGCCAGUAUCCGACGUAUCAGCAGCUAUACUCCGUGCCGGAGUCUUUUGGUGCGGAGGUUAGUCUGUGGCGAUCGAAUGAGGAGAAAGGAUGGGGCUUGGAUUUGGAAGAGUUGAAGGCUUUGAUCCGGCAGAAUACGAAGUUGAUUAUUUUGAACAACCCCCAGAAUCCCACAGGUGCUAUUCUUCGCCGCGAAGAAUUACAGGCAAUUGUUGAUAUUGCGCGUGAGCAUGAUAUCCUCAUUCAUUCUGAUGAGGUGUAUCGGCCUCUCUUCCAUUCUCUCAGCCAGAACGAGGGGACUCCCCCGUCUAUCCUUGAGUUUGGAUAUGAGAAGGUGAUUUCGACUGGUUCCAUGUCCAAGGCAUUCAGCUUGGCUGGUAUCCGGCUGGGCUGGAUUGCGUCGCCGAAUCCCGAGAUCAUUGAAGCGUGUGCUUCUGCUCGUGAUUACACGCUUAUCUCGGUUGGCCAGAUCGAUGACGGUGUAGCUGCACAUGCCUUGUCUAGUCCUUGCGUGGAAAACUUGUUGCACCGCAAUCUUCAACUGGCCAGGCAGAAUCUCGAUGCGCUUGAGUCGUUUGUAAAUGAGUUUAGCUGGGCUGUGAAGUGGACCAGGCCUCAGGCUGGAACGACUGCGUUCAUCAAAUUCGUUGAUAGGGAAGGAAGGGCUAUUGAUGACGUUGUGCUUUGCCAACGACUGCAAGAGACGACUGGAGUGAUGCUGGUCCCUGGAAGCCAGUGUUUUGGAGGUGGUGUUGAUUUCCAUGGAUUUGUGCGAGUAGGCUAUGUCCCUGAGCACGAGGUGAUGGUCGAUGGCCUGCAGGCUUUGAGGAAGUUUAUGCGUGGCGGGUAUGAGAAGCUGUCAUUGGCGUAG